UCCGCCUUUAUCUUUUUAUUCCAUCAACUCCCAGUCCAACUCAGCCACUUGUGUUUUUCCUUCAGUUUCUUCUCUGGCUGUUUACAGUUUCUUUUCUUCAACUGGGUCUCUGUAACAACAAUCAGCAGAAGAGUCAACGAAACUGAUCCCAUCAACUUCUCUUUGGGUUUUCAGCUGAUAAGAUAACCUGCGGCGAUUUUGCCCUGCAAGAUGUUCUCAUUGCCUGAAUUUCAUAAGAGACCAAAGAAUGGUUCAUAAAACUGAUCUUCUUGUUAUCAUCGGCAUCUCUGUUGGUGUAGCCCUUGGAAUUUUGAUAGCUUCACUCAUAUUUUUUGGCAUAAGGUGGUAUAGAAAGCGUGCUCAUCUUCGUCGAUGUGCUAAUGAGCGUAGUUUUACAACUCUUCCGAUACAGGCAAAUGGCUUAGGUACAAGCACUGACUAUAGCGCAUCUCUUUCAACUUCCAAAGGUAUUCAAGUAUCCGAGAACCUUCAAAAGAAUUCUCCGCGCUCUUGGUGGAAUCAUCAAAACAAAGAUCGAUUUUUUUCUGCGCCAGGCGUACUUAGAUACUCUUACAAAGAUAUACAGAAGGCUACUCAAAAUUUUACUACCCUUCUGGGACAAGGUUCUUUUGGUCCGGUGUAUAAAGCAAAAAUGGCUGCUGGAGAGGUAGUAGCUGUGAAAGUGCUUGCUUCCAAUUCUAAGCAGGGAGAGAAAGAGUUCCAAACAGAGGUAUCUCUGCUAGGAAGACUGCAUCAUCGCAAUCUAGUGAAUCUACUAGGAUAUUGUGUAGACAAGGGGCAGCAUAUGUUAAUCUACGAGUUCAUGAGUAAUGGCAGCUUAUCAAAUCUUCUGUACACUGAAGAACAACAGGUCUUGAGCUGGGAUGAAAGGCUACAAAUUGCUCUGGAUAUUUCACAUGGAAUUGAGUACCUUCAUGAAGGGGCAGUCCCACCAGUCAUACAUCGUGAUUUAAAGUCUGCUAAUAUACUUUUAGACCAGUCAAUGAGAGCUAAGGUUGCUGAUUUUGGAUUGUCUAAGGAAGAGGUUUUUGAUGGCCGGAAUUCUGGCCUAAAAGGUACUUAUGGCUACAUAGACCCAGAAUACAUAUCUACAAACCAGUUCACAAUGAAGAGCGACAUCUACAGUUUUGGAAUUAUCAUAUUUGAGCUAAUAACAGCCAUCCACCCUCACCAAAACUUAAUGGAAUAUGUUAAUCUUGCUGCUAUGGCCCCAGAUGGUGUAGAUGAAAUACUUGAUAAGCAACUAGUUGGAGAGUGCAAUCUUGACGAAGUGAGGAGGCUAGCGAGAAUCGCACACAAAUGCUUAGAGCAAUUACCAAGAAAGAGACCUUCUAUAGGAGAAGUUUCACAGGGUAUAUUGAAGAUAAAACAAAGGCGUCUUGCCAAAGAAGAUACCAUGUCUUUUGCAGGCGAAGAAUUUUCGAGGGCUGUAAGCCGAAUAGAGAUUCAGCAGGUGGAGCUGAGUAGGAUAGCUAGCGUGAAAGAUAGAGCGACUGAAUGACCAAUAAGAAUUUUGCUUCCUUUCAAGCUUGUCUUGGAAAAUGUUGUUAAUAACAUACAAUAUAAAAUAUACAGGCCACAGAAAAUGAGCAAUUUCUGAUUUUAUGGUCAGUGGCGGAAGACAUUUCUUGGGGUGCUAAGCAGCUUAUAUUGGUUUUUU